AUGGCCGGUACAUGUAUUAGAAAAAUAAAAGGUCAUUUUGCCAGGAAUGGAAUUCCGGAUAUCCUUGUCAACAACAAUGGUAGCCAGUUUGUCUCUGAGAGAUUUGGAAACUUUGCAAAUUUGUGCGGUUUCGAACAUUGUGUAAGCAGCCCUGGACACCAGCAAGCCAAUGGAAAGGCAGAAUCUGCUGUAAAAUCUGCAAAGAAGCUGAUAUGUAAGGCGGUUGAAACUGGAAAUGAUCCCUACCUGGCGAUCUUGGCUCAUAGAAAUAAAUUACCCCCACUGAAGAAGCGGAGUCCAGUCCAGCCCAGAGAUUACUUGGUAGACAAUGCAAAACCCUCCUACCGACCCACUACUGAGUUGCUCAGGCCGGAGAGGAUUCCAAAUACAAAGAUCAUGAAACAGAGGAAAGAACGAAACAAGCAAAAUACUACAAUGUUGGUGCUAAAGAUCUGUUGCCUUCUGGAAGAGGGAGAUACUGUGCAAAUGCGGCCAUUCAGACUUGGACAGAAAUCGUGGGAUCAAGCAACAGUUAAAGAAAGAUAUGAUGAACGGUCAUAUGAGGUAGAGACUGAUAGGGAAAAUUACCGACGAAACAGAGUGGAUAUUAAGAAGACGAUGGAGCAAAGUGAAUGA